AUGGGAAGCGGGCCGCGCGCCUGCAUCGUGGCAAGAGCUCAUCCGUGCGAGACGCAUGCAUCUUGGGUCAUGCGAGGGGUUCUGGAUUUUUUGUUGGGCAACGACCCAGAGGCACAAAGCUGCCUCAGCCAAGUUGCAUGGCUUCUGGUGCCCAUGCUCAACCCUGAUGGUGUUGCAGCAGGAAGGACCAGAACCAACUUGGACUCCGUGGACCUUAACAGGCACCACCAUGAUGACACGGCCGCGGAGACCAAAGCAUUGAAAAGUGCCCUUCAGGCGGAAGGCGAGGCGGGCGAGCUGUUGGCCUUCGUCGACAUCCAUAGCCACUCCAAGCGCCGUGGCAUUUUCGCGAUUGCCAAUGGCAACAGUGCGGACCGGCUGGUGUCGCUCAUCGCCGACAGGACGCCAUUCUUGGAUCUACCGGGUACCAGCCGGACAGAGGCAAGGCCUAAAGAUGUGGGUGUAGGCCGUAUGGCCGCAGCUUUCCAGGGCUACAAGUUCAGCUUGACCAUUGAGUCAUCGCUUGGUGCGCGGCACACGGCAGACGAGCACCUCCUUCUGCAGGACCUUGCCAGCGCUGGCAAGGCCAUUUGCCUUGCAAUUGUGGAUCUCCUGUGUCCAGAGGCCAACCCGGCCAGAACCAUCUCUGCCGCAAUCGUCGGGACUGUGGCGUCCGCGAGCUCCAUGGCGUCUGUGACGUCUGUAUCUGCCAGCCCGUUGGCCCUUGGGCCAAGGAGUGAAAUUGAGGCAGAGGCCCUGUCGGCACGCACUGCCUAA